AUGGGUCUGAAAUCACAUGAUUGUCAUGCGUUAAUGCAACAUCUACUUCCAAUUGCCAUUAGAUCAGUCUUGCCAAAAAAUGUUCGAGAGUGUUUGACACAUGUUUGCAUUUUCUUUAAUAGGCUGUGCGGGAAGGAAUUAGAAUUGGAUAAGUUAGAUGCAUUACAUGAACAUGUAGUCAAAACAUUGUGCAACCUGGAAAAGUUUUUUCCGCCAUCUUUUUUCGACAUCAUGAUCCAUUUAAUGGUUCAUCUAGUGAGAGAAGCAAGGCUGUGUGGGCCGGUGUGGGCGAGAUGGAUGUAUCCAUUUGAAAGAAAUAUGAAGGUACUUAAAAGUUAUGUGCGUAACCACUAUCGGCCAGAAGCAUGUAUGGUUGAGUGCUACAUAUCUGAAGAGGCUGUGGAAUUUUGUUCAGAGUACAUGGCUGGAGUUGAGGCAAUAGGAAUUAGCAAACCAAGAACUGACCCAGAUGAUGUUGAUAGAGGAUUAAGGGGCAAAGGGACAAUGGUGACAGUGUCCAAGCUUGAACUAGAUCAAGCUCAAUUAGUCGUGAUGAACAAUAACGCAGAGGUUCAACCAUAUAUAACUGACCAUAUGGAGCUGUUACAAUCAAUGGUUCCAAGAAAUCAAAAAAAUAAACAAAAAUGGGUUGCAGACCAACAUCGUCAAACUUUCAUUGGGUGGUUAAGGAAUACCAUUAUAGCAAAGUUGAACGAACCGAAUCAUGGAGUAUCUGAUGUGUUGAGUCGUAUUGCCCUUGGACCAACUUUUGCGGUUGCAAAGCAUGAAGCGUACAUUGUAAGGGGUAAACGUUUUCAUACAAAGUCAAGAGAUGAUGCUCGAGAGGUUCAAAAUAGUGGUAUACGUAUCGUCGCAGAAACUAUGCACUUUGCAAGUGCAAAAGAUAGAAACCCUGUUUUAGGUACUAUGACGUAUUACGGGGUCAUUGAAGAAAUAUGGGAGCUCAAUUAUUUUGCGUUCCGAAUUCCACUUUUUAAGUGUUCUUGGGUUGACAACAACGUUGGAGUAAAAGCGACGAGCUUGGUUUUACUUUGGUUGAUUUAA